GCGGCGCCGCUGCGCCUGCGCAUUGGUCCCGGAAGGAGUGGUGGGCGGCGCGGGGAGGACGUGGUGGCCGCUCAGCUAAGCCGGGCCUGGAGCUUCCGUCACUGUUACCGCAGCCAUGAGCCGCAACUAUAACGAUGAGCUGCAGUUCUUGGAAAAGAUCAAUAAAAACUGCUGGAGAAUCAAGAAGGGCUUCGUCCCUAACAUGCAGGUUGAAGGAGUUUUCUAUGUGAACGAUGCUCUGGAAAAACUAAUGUUUGAGGAGUUAAGGAAUGCUUGUCGAGGUGGUGGUGUUGGUGGCUUCCUGCCAGCCAUGAAACAGAUCGGCAAUGUGGCAGCCCUGCCUGGGAUUGUUCAUCGAUCUAUUGGACUUCCUGAUGUCCAUUCGGGUUAUGGGUUUGCUAUUGGGAAUAUGGCAGCCUUUGAUAUGAAUGACCCUGAAGCGGUGGUGUCCCCAGGUGGGGUAGGAUUUGACAUCAACUGUGGUGUACGCUUGCUGAGAACCAAUUUAGAUGAAAGUGAUGUCCAGCCUGUGAAGGAGCAGCUUGCCCAAGCUAUGUUCGACCACAUCCCUGUUGGCGUGGGGUCCAAGGGUGUCAUCCCAAUGAAUGCCAAGGACUUAGAGGAGGCCUUGGAGAUGGGAGUAGACUGGUCCCUGCGAGAAGGCUAUGCAUGGGCUGAAGACAAGGAGCACUGUGAAGAGUACGGAAGAAUGCUGCAAGCUGACCCCAAUAAGGUGUCUGCGAGAGCCAAAAAAAGAGGCCUUCCUCAGUUGGGAACCCUGGGAGCAGGCAACCACUAUGCAGAAAUCCAGGUUGUGGAUGAGAUUUUCAAUGAGUAUGCUGCUAAGAAGAUGGGCAUCGACCAUAAGGGACAGGUGUGUGUCAUGAUCCACAGUGGAAGCAGAGGAUUGGGCCACCAAGUAGCCACAGAUGCACUGGUUGCUAUGGAAAAGGCUAUGAAGAGAGACAAGAUUAUUGUCAAUGACCGUCAGCUGGCUUGUGCUCGAAUCGCAUCCCCUGAGGGCCAGGACUACCUGAAGGGAAUGGCAGCUGCUGGCAACUAUGCCUGGGUCAACCGCUCUUCCAUGACCUUCUUAACCCGUCAGGCUUUUGCCAAGGUCUUCAACACAACCCCUGACGACUUGGACCUCCAUGUGAUCUACGACGUUUCUCACAAUAUUGCCAAAGUGGAACAGCAUGUGGUGGACGGAAAGGAGCGGACGCUGUUAGUACACCGGAAGGGAUCCACCCGCGCUUUUCCUCCGCACCACCCCCUCAUAGCUGUUGAUUACCAACUCACAGGUCAACCAGUGCUGAUUGGUGGCACCAUGGGAACCUGUAGUUAUGUUCUUACUGGCACUGAACAGGGCAUGACUGAGACUUUUGGAACAACCUGUCAUGGAGCGGGCCGUGCACUGUCCCGAGCAAAAUCUCGACGUAAUUUGGAUUUCCAGGAUGUCUUAGACAAAUUGGCAGAUAUGGGCAUUGCAAUUCGCGUUGCCUCACCCAAGCUGGUUAUGGAAGAGGCUCCUGAGUCCUACAAGAAUGUGACUGAUGUGGUGAACACCUGCCAUGAUGCUGGAAUCAGCAAGAAGGCCAUUAAACUGAGACCGAUUGCUGUUAUCAAAGGCUAGAACCCUGACCCAGGCUGACAUGUGCCCCUGGCCCUCGCUGAAGUGGACUGAACUGAGACACUCUUUAGACAUCAGCCUCUAGAGACUUGACAGGUUCCGUUGCGUGCAGUUAUGGCUGCCUGUUGCAUCAGAAAUGACUGGCAGGAUGUGACUGCUUUCAGGAGCAAGUGUUCUAGAUGACUUGGGGGGAGUCAUAUCACCCCCAAUGAAAGGGCUUUCAUAUUCAUCCUCCCUUACUGUCCCACAGAUUUUCAGCAGAUACUAGGGGGUGGGGAUAAGCCUUACACGGUCAUGUAAGUCUAAUCACUAGAACGAACUUCUUCACACAAGGCUCUGUUACAUUCACCUGGGGGGUGUCACAAAGAAUGUUCUGUUAAAUAAGGCUUGUAUUGUUUUCUUCUCUCCCUCUGUCAGUUUGUCCUUUAUCCACCCACUUCUCCUGCAGUGAGCCAAAUUCUAAAUACCACUUUUACUUGGAGAGUACCGCUGGGGUCAUGUCAAGAUCAUAGAUAGAAAUAGAAGGUUUGAAAAUAGGGACACAAAAGAGACACCAGUUUUUCAUAGACUUGCCACCUUUCUCAUUCUAAGCUUAAGGUGGGUUUUGUCUUCUCUGCAAAGGGCUAUCUGCAGGAGUUUCUCGUUAGUGUCCAACUUGGCAAGCUCGUUAGUGUCCAACUUGAACGGUGCCUGCGCAGCAGUGACCCUCACGUGAUACUGAACAUCUCUGCAUUCCUGAUCAGGCUAUUACGAAAGUGCUAGACGAUCACAGCCGUGAUGUGACAGUUGGUCUGUUGGCAGGCUGGCUAGUCUGUGCCACCUAAUCAGCAUUCAUGCUCUAUACUGUGCUACAAAUGUUAAAAUUACAGCUGACUAAGGCCCUGGGAGAAUCUAAAUAGCCAGUAAAAUAGAAAAAGCUAAUUAAAUUGCAAUAUGUUGUUUACAUUUUGUGCUAAAUACAUUGUAGCUUAGGACAAUUAGAACAUGAUUUACUUUAGUGUUUUCAGAUUUUCUCCCAGGUUGUUUUCAGAGAUUCGCCCUAAAUAUUUUCUUCAUGAAACAGCUCUCAACUUAUAAUUAAAGCUCCCAGUGGAGCAUCUCUAGAGGCUGCUGUUGAGAAGGCUGGAGAAAGGAAGCUUCCUCUGACCAGCGUAUGUUGUAAAAUAGCGUAACGCAUGUCUUCACACUGCACACUCAGUGACAUGAGCAUUUGAUGGUAGAGUUUGAAAGUUAUCAAUAAAUGAGGAUCUUAAUACAGUAAUCAUAGAUGACUCAGGCCUUCAGGCAGAACCCGCGGCUUUUCUGCACAGGUAAGUUAAGGACACAUGUUAACAGUGAACACCAAAGCCACUUAGAGGUGUAAGGCAGGCUUCUGGCAGGUGUAGAUUCUCUGGGGAUGAGGCAACACUGGAGUGUCUGUGGACUCCCUUGACGAGGCUUGCCUGAUGACACAUCAUUUGAAACGUAAUUCAAAGCGAGAGCCUCUCCGAAAACUAACUGAUGUCAUUGUAAGAAAUGCUGCAGCUCACCUUAAAUACUUAGGUGCAUUUUAUUAGAUGCUUUGAAAGUUAGCUUCAGGAAGGUGAGAGGAGCAGGUGAGGAGAGUGGUUUGUGCAGUGGCCUCUGCUUUAUAAGCCUUUUUAUAUGUAGCAUUUCUAGCGAACUUGGCCCUAUUCAUUUCUUAACAGUAGAUGGUAAUGGUUAAUAUUUUGAGUUAAAAAAAGAAAGGUGUAAACACUGCUUUCCUUGUUCUAAAGAUGUUAUUUUCCCAUUUAAGGGAGGAAAAAAAGAACUUUAAAAAUAAAUGUUCAAAUGAAACUG